CGGGAACAGUCAGUGCCUGAGACGUUGUCCUUUGAAGUGUCGCCAUGGCCCGUCGCUCCCUUGCCCUUCUGCUCGGCAGUUGUGUCCUUGUCCUGGGCUAUUCCCUGAAAGGACCAAGAUGCAAGGAUCUCUCUCCAGGAAGUCAGAUCCACCCUGACGACACCGAAUGCACGCCCGACAGCGCAGGGCCCCCCUCCCUACCAGAAGGAAGGGCCCUCACCCCCUGCCAUUUCACCUGCAGCGCCCCGCUGGAAAUUAUCAACGACCAGAGCAGCUGCAGCGCCUUUCACGUGUGUCUCCCUGAUGGCCCAAAGGGACCCUUCACUUGCCCUGGAAACACCUACUUCCACUGGGAGAGUCAAACGUGCGUUGAAGACAUUGGCGUCUGCUGCUCGGUCUCCUGCACGCCCAUCUGUACGUCCGUGGGCGUGCAGAUUCCCGACCCCACUGACUGCACCAAAUUCUACGUCUGCAUCGAAAUCGGACAGCCCAGCGAGGCCGUCCACCUCACGUGCCCGAGCGGGAAGUUCUUCGACGCUGAAGCCCAGCGAUGCCUCGCCGAUGCCGAAUGCGAAGUCGUCUGUGCGACCGACGUGACCACCACCAGCCCGGCGCCGUGCACUCCCUUCUGCUCGACUGUGGGCGUGCAGAUUGCCGAUCCUAACGACUGCACCAAAUUUUACGUCUGUAUUGAACAGGGAUUUCCUGACGAAAGCGUCCACGUGUCUUGUCGGCCGACAGAGCAUUUCGAUCCCGAAACGGGGCGGUGUGUGGAGGGCGACGAGUGCGUGUCCCAGUGCGGAGAUUCGAGCACGCUUUCGACGGGCGCGCUGACCACGCCCACGCAAGCACACUCAUCCACACACAUUACCGGACCAACUGGAGAGAUCACUGACACGACCUCGGUUUCGGAAUCAACUGGAACAGCCACUACACCUUCAGGGGGAACUACAGCCACAGGAACACCACCUUCAGAAACCACUCCGACACCCUCAGAAACUACAAGAAAAACUACGAACACCCUCAGAAUCAACUACACC